AUGUCUGACGCUGGCUCGGACGAGGAGCUGGAGCUGGAGCUUCCCGCACCGAUGAUGGAGCAGGGGAGUCACGACGGGAGUAUCAGAAAGACACGAGUGACACUGUCAGCCAUCAAGCCUGUCCUGGACCACAUCACCCGUGAUGUUCUGGUGGAAAAGGAUACGGAGCCAUCCCUGGCCAAGGAGGCAGUAUCGGAGGGGAAAGGCCUGGCUGGGUUGCUAAGAAAGAUUACCUCAACAAAGCAGCAGAGAGGUGAAGAGGGUCAGAUUCUGACCACCCCAGAAUACUGUGUGAAAGAAGAGAUCAAGGUCUACUUGUCUCUGCCACCCAUUCCAGCAGAAGAGGAUCCACUGGGUUGUGAUCCCUGUUCCCAGACCCAACGCAGUAAGCUGCAGCACCGUAGAGCUCGUAUCAACCAGCAGAUAAACAAGGAGAUGAGGAUGAGGGCCGGGGCUGAAAACCUCUUCAGAGCCACCACUAACAACAAAGUGAAGGAGACUGUGGCUCUAGAGCUGAGCUUUGUCAACUCCAACCUGCAGCUACUGAAGGAAGAACUAGAGGAACUCAACAGCAGUAUGGAGGUCUACCAGACAGAGAGUGAAGCCAUCAAUGUUCCCAUGAUCCCACUGGGUCUGAAGGAGACCAAGGAAGUGGACCUCACUGUUCCUCUCAAGGAAUAUAUCUAUGAGCACUACAGGGAGGACAGCUCUCUGUUUGAGAAAGAAAUCAAGGAGUUUAUGGAGCUCAGACAGGCCAUGCGUACCCCCAGUCGUAACGAGGCAGGUUUGGAGCUCCUGGUAGAGUAUUAUAACCAGCUGUACUAUCUGGACCAGAGGUUCUUCCCCCCACACAGAACACUAGGAGUCCACUUCCACUGGUAUGACUCUCUGACAGGUGUGCCGUCAUGCCAGCGUGCGUUGGCAUUUGAGAAGGGAAGUGUGCUGUUCAAUGUGGGAGCUCUCUACACACAGAUAGGAGCCAGACAGGACCGCUCUGCUGCAGCUGGCAUAGACAGGGCUAUAGACGCUUUCCAGAGAGCUGCAGGUGCAUUUAACUUCCUGAAGGAGAACUUUUCCAACGCUCCCAGUCUGGAUAUGAGCGGCCCGUCGCUAUGCAUGCUGGUCCGGCUGAUGAUCGCCCAAGUGCAGGAGUGUGUGUUCGAAAGGGUCACACUCACCACGCAGGACACACACUUCACCUCCCAGCUACAAGUGGCUCAAGAGGCCGCACGAGUAUCAGACGUGUAUAGCUUGGUGCUCCAGACCAUGUCUCAGCCCCUAGUGAAGGACUAUGUCCCAUUCUCCUGGGCCUCCAUGGUUCAGGUGAAAGCAGAACACUUCAGAGCUCUCUCACACUACUAUGCUGCUGUCGCUCUCUGUGACCUCACACAGUCCAUUGAUGAAGAGGGAGAGAAGGCUCUCCUCCAGCUCCAUGUCAGUAAUCCUGCUGGACCCCCACUCAGCCAGGUGCUCAGAGACCCCGAGGAGAGACGCAAACUGGGUAAGGCCCACCUGCGUCGUGCAUUGAUCAGACAUGAGGAAGCUAUGAGAGUACACGGUCUGUGUAAGAUCUUAAGGAAGAUGGAUAUUCUACAGGAGGUGCUCUCCUUCGUGCACAAACGCUCUUUGGACAAAUACUCUGAGAUGGACCGAGAGGACGACUUCGACGAGACAGCAGAGGCUCCCGAGAUACACUCUCAAACCCAGCAGAAGCCUGAUAUAAUUCCACCCAAUUUCUCCACUGUCCAAGUCACUGACAUCUUCCGAAGGCUGGGUCCCUUGUCAGUGUUCUGUGCACGGGCGCGCUGGGGGCCGGUGCGUUUGGUGUGUCUCCAGCGAGGGGAGGGGGGUCUGGGGCUAACUCUCAGAGGAGACUCUCCUGUUCUGGUGGCUGGAGUCGUGCCGGGGGGAUGUGCUGAGGAGGCAGGUCUGAGAGAGGGGGACUACAUCGUGGCGGUGGAUGGAGAGAACUGUAAGUGGGCUAAACAUGGAGAGGUGGUCCACAACCUGAAGAGCUGCAGUGACCGAGGAGUGGAGCUCAGCGUCAUCACACUGCACACACACGACACACAGGUGGAGAGGAGGUCAGUGAUGCUCUCCCCCAGUGGAGACAAAGAGAACGCUUGGCAACGGUCCAUGGGUGGGGCUAAGGCCCAGAGCUCCGUCUCCUUACUCAACUGGAACAGGAAGAAAAACAGGGAAGGGGGAGGAGUCACCAAGAGACUGGGCAGCACCUUCAGUCUGCCGUUUGGAAACCUCAGAGACAGUGAAUCCAUGUACUGAGAUAGACGGAGGGCAAGUUGAAAUGGUGCUCGAUUCCAUACAGUGCACUUCCAGCCAAAAGUAGUGCACUAGGGAGUAGGGUGCCAUUUCAGACUGUGCUAUAGACAGACAAACCACUCAGGGAAUGGCAAAGGGACAUGUUCCAAUACAAGGAUGAGUUGUAUAUGACUGGAUAUUCCUAGAUAUUGUAAUGCAUUAUAGCAGCAACGCAAGGAACAUUCCGAAUAGGAGAAUUGUACGAAGAGAAGAGGAGGAGGAUGCUAUGUCCAGAUGCCCAGGGAAACUACAGUGGUUUUAGAAAGCAGCCAACUGCAGGUAUAUGUCACUGAAGGGGUUAAGAGCAUCAUGUAAAUUACGUCUUAAAAUAGACUAAUAGUUGUGGCCCAGUAUUGUUGUAGCUGACUUACUAUACAGCUAAAGGGCUUUAGAGAGAUGAAAGAAGAUAAACUGGACUUACUGUCAAACUACAGCCUCUGGUCUUAAGACAACGUCAUCAUGUUGUCUUAAUGUUGAAAACAUGUUGUUUUACUGUUUACUGUAUCCCAGAGUCUUGCUUUUCCACUCCGGUCUUAAUGAGGUUACUCCCAACAGUUAAAACAACAAUCACACCUACAUCCAUUCAGUACGUGAGUUUAGCUCUUACUUCCUCAAGCUAGAGCAUUGUGAAUCUUCUUUUUUGUUGUUGUAAGAUUUAAUUUUAUUUGAUGUUUUACAAAGCACACAACGGACAACAUCACACAAACAUCAACUACAUCACACCUGCCCAGACCCAUUAGCACACACCCCCAUCUCCAGUGCUUUGAGAAAAGAAAAUAAUCGUAUCAUUGGGUAUCUCAACACCCCUAUAUUCCAUGUCUUGAAAUAUGCAUACUGACGGAUUAAGAGUAACAUUGUAAUACUUCUGACAGCCAACUUUCUAGCUCCGCCUACAAAAAAAGACUGGAUUAUUGGAUGCGUUUGUAAAUUCACUCUGGAUAUCCGAUUUCAGAGCACUCUGGUCUGAGUGCAGAAUAACUGAUGAAUUUGCAAACACCCAUUGGAUAUGAACGGUGUCAGUAAACAUCAGCAAAAAACGUAAUUCAGUUGUUGCCGGCAGCACAGUUACGGCACCAACGCUCUAGACAACAUGAAAACACCCUAACCAGCUCUGCUAGGGUGAAUAAAAUGGUCAGAAUGAGGUGUUCUCUCAUUUAUGUCGAAGUACAGUAGCUAGCCAACUUUAGCAAGUUAGCUUGGGUGCUUGACUGCCGUUGUGAGGUCAGAACAUUCGGAUCAACCCUACUCAUCCAAAGCGUCCAGUGUCCAAGCGUCCAAGCACUCUGUCCAUUGUUAAUGGCAAAUUCAAUCUGAUAUCCGUUCUGAAUAUUACAAACGCCCAGAACACACCCAUUAUAGUUUUACACUUGGGACAUGACUCUGCUGUUGUGCUGUAGAAUUUGUGAAUUUUGUCUCUUGUACUGUAUCAUCAAUUCUAUAGAUUGGUUUAUACUGGGUUAAGCAUUUUCGUUAACAGUAAUUUCAUUAGUUAUGCUCCAACUUUCCCUCCAUCUUGUGCCAACAUCAGUUCUUUUUAAGUCUUGGUUCCAACAGUUUCUUUUUUUCUAAGAGAUUGUCAGUUUGAUAUGCUCCUGGCAAGGUUUUGUAUAUCGUCCCUAUCAAAUGAACAUCCUUAUCUGACUCAUCCUUUAUCUGUGAAUUCUGAAAAGCUAUCCAAGGUUUGUUCCAUAAGGUUGUGUUUUUAUGGAGUGAUAUUGGUACUUGUAGAAUGCGUUUAAUUGUCUUCCAUAUUGUUAUAGUGUUCUUAACUAUGAAGUCGUUAAUGUUCUUAGCUUAAUGCUUUGAAAAUCGAGACGUAAAAAGCCUUGUGCAUCUUCUUGAAGCACACAGAGUUUACUGCGGUAGCCAUGUUACUGCAUUCUGUCCUACCAGUGUUUUUGAUGUCAACGUUUUUCUUUGUUUCUCUUUCUGUCAUCUUGAUUGUUGGGUACAAAUGACUACCCACAAGGCACUUCAAUAGUUAUGUCACAGGAGGUUGAUGGUACCUUAAUUGGGGAGGACAAGCUCGUGGUAAUGGCUGGAGCGGAAUUAAUGGAAUGGUAUCAAAUACAUCAAACAUACAUUUUCCAUGUAUUUGAUGCAAUUCCAUGAAUGCCGUUCCAGACAUUAGUAUGAGCCGUCCUCCCCUCAACAGCCUCCUGUGUUAUGUGUAUUUUUAGUUUCUUCUGAUGUUUUGUAGUUUUAAUUUUGUACGACAUUCUUAUGCACCGGGACUUCAUAGGAGGAAAAACUAACGCUCUACGUAUGUCGUGACACUGAAAUGGUUAACGUGGUAAUAUGCACAUUAGGGGAUUGACUAAAGACUUUUAUGUCUGGUACUUAGUAGAGUUGAAUAGGAGAAUGGACAGUCUACCAUGUAGAAACCAGCUAUCAAUGUAACCAUAGAAGCCUAGAGAAGAGCUGACACAAAAUUGUUUAAAGACACAUUUUUUUUAUGUUAGUAUUUGCAUCCAAAUAUUGAAAAUGUUAUUUUAAAUACUAAUACAUUUAUGUAUUUUUUCUCAAAAUAAUGAUUGAGAUGUGUAUUUCAGAUUGUGAAUUAAGUUUGCCCUUGUGUUCUGUGGUCUCUUGUUUGAGUGUGUGUAAUUGUGUAAAAGGGAUUUGUAUUUCUUUUGUUAUGUGAAAGACUGAUAAUCAUGGCUGGGUGCUUGUAUGAUCAACCAUCAAUUCCUCUUUUGAGGUGUGCUUGUGCGCAUGUACGUGAAUGCUUUUCGUGUGUGUUAUUUGUAGAGUAAUUGCACAGAAUGUUGUUGAUGAAUUA